GAUGAUGAUGAGGGAGGAGGUGGUGGUGGUGGUGGUCGUGAUGAUGAUGAGGGAAGAGGUGGUGGUGGUGGUGGUGAUGAUGAUGAGGGAGGAGGUGGUGGUGAUGACGAUGAUGGGGGUAGAGGUGGGGGUCGUAUUCGUGGUGAUCGUUCGUUGGUAUAUAAAGAGUUGGAUGUGAAAGGUGAGGCAUUGAAAUCGAGGAAAAUAAAGAUGUCUCGCAAUUGUCUGUUUGCCCUCACUCUUCUCGCUCUCGCAAUUCUUGCCUCAGCACACUAUGAACAGAGCUACCAGCAAGGGCAGCAAAUCAUCAAACACCGCUCAUACCAACGAUGCUUCUGCAAGUACUACCCCACUUUCACAUGCUGUGUGCAACCUCAACUUGCCGAGUGCCAAAUGCCCACACACUUCCCAACUUGCGCGCCAACCUACGAGAAGUGCGUGGAGACAUGCAAAGUGAACAUCUACUGCAUCCAAUACUGCCAGACUCGUUUCCGUCUCGUUCCCCAAUUCCCACGAUGUCACCAUCACCACCAUCCCUUCCAUUAA